CGCUGAUGUCUGGAAAGUCAUUAGAUUUGCCAAUUACUCGUCGCAGUACCGUGUUGUGUGCUUAUCGGGUUGCGGCAGCCAAAAUUACCCGUGAAGGUAGGACCUACGGUCAGGGUUAGCAUGCUGGAAUUUGCUCGUAUAAAUCUUAUAUAGCUGGGUAGCCGUUGUUCAAACUCCGCUUUUUGAUUACUCGAACAGCUUAGCACGACCAUCGACCCGUGACAUGGCAACCGCAUUCUUGGGUUCUGAGGUUCUAUUACUUUCCCGACCAUAAUUCGCAGCUAACAGCAAUCAGUGGAUACGAGGCGUGACUACAGCACUGGUAUAGCAGCAACGCAGAAUACCACAUAGCUACAGAUCGGCAAGUCAGAUACUUAGCAACCCGUGCGAACAAACUCAGGACGCCUGUACCAUCGGUCUCGUCUGCCGGUUCUUCAGACAAAGUCACCAGUGAGAGAGAUAAGCUCUCGUAUGCAGUACGCGCAGAAUGUAUUGCAUGCCUGGAGAUACUGCCCCGGAUGUUCUUUCCCGAGGGAUGUAUCACAUCAUCCUGUAAACACAUAGUCGAGGACAAGAUCUGUACUCAGUGCCUGGCGCAUCACUUACGCGUGCAGGUGGAUGGAUCGAACAAGUAUACAUGUCCGAUAUGCCGCGCCGCGUAUGCCAGAGUGUGAAAUUCAGAAAUGGGCAUCCCCAGAGACCCUCCGGCGCAUGGACGACCUUCGGGUGCGGCAAAUGCUCCAAUCAGAUCCCAACUUUGUCUUUUGUUCGAAUGCGGAAUGUGAUGCAGGCCAGGUGCAUACUUCUGGCACAGAAUCCCCUAUCAUGACCUGCGCUAAUUGCGGAGCUCGGACAUGCUCUAAGCAUCGAAUGCGAUGGCAUGAGGACCUCUCCUGCGAUGAAUUUGACCACCCAGAGGCCGCCGACGAACGCGACAGACAGGGUGCGCCCGAGUUGGAAGCGAUCAGGCAAAAGGAGGAGGUCAUUCUACAACAAAUACAGGCAGACGAACAUCUUGCACGGGCAAUUAGAGCAAUGGAAGAGGGGAGAGAAGUUGAGCAACGGGACAUACGGCAGGAAAGGGGCAAACCGCACAGGGAAAAGGAAGGGGCUUCAGAACAUGCAAGAAGAGAAGCUCGAGCCGAGCAAAUAAAACGACGGAAAGAAGAGCGUCAGGGGGCAGCAGAGGUCCGCCGGUCAAGCAAGCCAUGCCCUGGCGCAGGAUGUCUUUACCGCGUAGAUAGGAUAAGUGGCUGCAAGCAUAUGACUUGUCCUCUCGGUGUGGACAGAAGAAAGGACAUUUAAACCAACCAUGCGACUAGAAGCUUUCCAAAGUUAUUGACGAACUUAGCAGUGAUUUUUUACUGCUGAGGUCUGGGGGAUUCAUGGAGGACUUGACUCUGCACUGUUUUUGUAUAUUCGAGACGCAUUUCUCUGAAUACCAGCGUCGUAACACGCUGAACCAGGCCCUUGAGUCAUGAGACGCUUUCAACAGUGCUCCAAUUUGCCUUCUGAGCAUCAUCCAAUC